AUGGCUGCCACAAUCGCGCAAACGACUCGUAGAUUCCUCUUAAAUACAGGUGACAAGAUCCCAGCCGUGGGCCUUGGUACCUGGCAGUCGAAACCUAACGAGGUCGCCGUCGCUGUUGAGACCGCACUGCGCAGUGGCUACCGGCACGUUGACACUGCCCAUGCUUAUGGCAACGAGAAAGAGGUUGGCCAGGGCAUCAGAGCCUCUGGUAUCCCGCGCAGCGAUAUCUGGGUGACGACCAAGCUGAACAACCCCUGGCACAAGCGUGUCGCCGAAGGGCUGGACUCGAGCUUGGAGAAUCUCCAGACAGCCUAUGUGGAUCUGUUUCUCAUGCACUGGCCGUGCUCGACAACCCCGGAGGACAAGACGAAGCACUAUGACGACUGGGACUUCAAGGACACUUGGAGAGAGAUGGAAAAGCUGCUUGGCACUGGGAAAGUGCGCAACAUUGGAGUGUCUAACUUUGGCAUCGUCCAUAUUGACCAGUUGCUCAGUAGCCCGGAUACCAAGGUUGUCCCUGCAGUCAAUCAGAUCGAGCUACACCCUUGCAACCCGUCCCCAAAGCUAGUCGCCCACUGCCUCUCCAAGGGGAUCCAUUGCACUGGUUAUUCGUGCCUCGGAUCGACCGACUCGCCUCUCUACACGAACGAGAAGUUGCUCAAGAUCGCCAGCAACAAGGGGAAGACCGCACAACAGGUCCUUCUUAUGUGGGGGCUUCAGAAGGGCUGGAGUGUAAUUCCCAAGAGUGUGACGCCGAGGCGCAUUGAGGCGAAUUUUGAGCUGGAUGGCUGGGAACUGACAGACGGGGAGAUUAAGGACAUCGAUUCCAUUGAUGAUCGAUUCAAGGUUUGCGAUGAUAAAUGGCUACCUAUUCAGGUGUUCUUUGGUGAUGACGAAUGA